CUUUGACCUAUUUUACAACCGAGAUUGCAAGAAGAAGCGUUAGUUGCUCUGUAGUAAUAUUGAAAGCUCCAGCGAUCAUGGCCGUCAUAGAGAUUUCUCCUGAUUUUGGAUGGGUUAUUAUGGUGUUUAUUGCAUCACAGUUUGUGCUCAUGUGGAUGGGAAUUAAAGUUGGUAGUGCCAGGAAGAAGUAUGAUGUCAAGUACCCAAAAAUGUACAGUGACACAUCUGAUAUGUUCAACUGUAUACAGAGGGCACAUCAAAAUACAUUGGAGAACUACACUGUGUUCAUUGUUCUCAUGCUGAUUGCUGGGGUUGUUUAUCCAAGACUAGCAGCUGUCUGUGGGGCUGUAUAUGUUGUAAGCAGAAUUGUAUACGCUCAGGGCUACUACACUGGUGAUCCCAAGAACAGGUUGAAGUCUGCAUUUGGUUACAUUGGGCUCUUUAUUCUCAUUGGAACUAACAUCUACAUUGCAAUCUCCAUGCUCGGGUUCGUUUAACAUCCUCCAAUCUCCAUGCAGGGUCAGGCUGAAACCUGUCAUACUGAAAACGGGUGAAGUUACGAACUAUGCAUACAGCAAGCAGGGAAUACUUACAAAGAACUAAAACUGUCAACUAUAUCUACUUAACUCCAAAGAAUGAUGGUUAACCUUCAAAGACCAAACAAACAUAGGCUAAUUGAUAAUUUACAUUUAAAGCAAGAGUGUUAGUGAAUGAAUUCUGGAUAAUUUUUCAUAACAUUUUGAAAGAAGCCUCUCUUUGAUAGCCUUUAUUUCCAAAAAUUGUUUUCAACAUAAUAUUAAUAAUGAUAUUGAAUAACACAAUGAAGCUUUACAUUAAACAAUGAGCUUUGUAAGUUGAAUUUUCUUGAUCUUCAGAGAAGAAUUCAAUAUUUAAUAUAUUUAAUUUUUAUGAUAACAUUUGUAGUUAGAGCUGACAUUACUAUGAAGGUAUUUAAAUUAAUAUCAUUUUUA